GUACAAGUGUUAUCUUUAUAACUUUAUCUUCGUAUUUCAUCAGUUGAGUGAUCAUGUUGGGGAGGAAAAUUUUGUUUUCAUCGCUCAAUCGAUUUACUAGCGGUUUUACGAGAAGGUUUGAAGGAAAUUUCAAAAUAGAACAGAAACCUGAAGUAUUUUUGGAUAGCCCCCUAACUGAUACCUUUGGAAGACACCAUACCUACCUGAGAAUCUCCCUGACAGAAAAAUGCAAUCUUCGUUGUCAGUAUUGCAUGCCACCUGAUGGAGUCAAUUUAACAGAGAAAUCUAAGUUGCUCACAGCUGAAGAAGUUAUUUAUCUUGCAAAGUUUUUUGUUGACCAAGGUGUUGAAAAAAUAAGGUUGACAGGAGGUGAGCCAACAACAAGAAAAGAUCUGGCUGAUAUAAUUUAUAAUCUCAAACAAAUAAGAGGCUUACAAAGCGUAACACUCACAACAAAUGGAGUUGUCUUGACUAAAAAGUUGGUGGAUUUACAGAGAGCUGGUCUCGAUGGUUUGAAUAUUAGUUUAGAUACUUUAGAUAAGAAAAAAUAUGAAAAAAUUACUAGGAGAAAAGGAAUGGAAAGGGUUUUGAUGGGUAUAGAUUUGGCUCUUCAGUUAGGAUACAACCCUGUUAAAAUAAAUUGUGUGAUAAUGAAAGGCUUCAACGAUGACGAAGUAGUCGAUUUUGUAAAGUUAACUCAAGACAAAAAUUUAGAUGUGAGAUUCAUCGAAUACAUGCCUUUUUCUGGUAAUAAAUGGGAAGUAGAAAAGAUGGUACCUUACAAAUCCUUGCUGUCUAGAAUUAGAUCUGUUUAUCCCGACUUUUUCCCUCUCAAGAAUGGUCCCAACGACACAUCGAAGGCCUGGAAGGUGCAAGGUUUCGCAGGUCAGGUGGGCUUCAUAACAUCGAUGUCCGACAUGUUUUGCGGCACUUGCAACAGGCUGAGGAUAACGGCGGACGGUAAUCUGAAAGCCUGUCUCUUCGGUAACAAAGAGGUGUCUUUGAGAGACGCGAUUAGAAAUGGAAUAAAGGAGGACGAUCUGGCCAAUAUGAUUGGUGUGGCCGUUAGGAGGAAGGAGAAGCAUCACGGAGGUUACGAAAACUUCCUAAAAAUCGACAAAGAGGCACUGAUACCUGGAAUAAAAUCGAAACGAAGAUCUCCAUUCGUAUUUAUCCUAAGGAGGAUGUACAGUACAUACAGCAAGGAAGAAAAUCUGACUCAUGUCGAUGGGGAGGGCAAAGCCAAAAUGGUGGAUGUUUCCGAUAAAGAUGUCACAUCAAGAACUGCCACCGCGAGGGGAACGGUUCAGGUGGGGCCCGAAAUAACUCGGCUCAUCAAAGAAAACAGCAUUAAGAAGGGCGAUGUACUGGGCGUAUCUAAAUUGGCUGGUAUAUUGGCCGCUAAGAAGACUUCCGAUUUGAUCCCCUUAUGUCAUAACAUAUCCCUGAAUGGCAUAGAUGUAACGGCUUCUUUAGACGAGAACAACGAUGCUGUGGUGAUCGAGGCCACCGUUAGUUGUGUUGGUAAGACUGGAGUUGAGAUGGAAGCUCUGGUUGCUGUUAGUGUUGCAGCUCUGACUGUUUACGAUAUGUGCAAGUCGGUCAGUAAAUCUAUCAGGAUUAAGGAUGUACACUUGGUCAGGAAAACUGGGGGCUCUAAAGGGGACCAUGGGGAACCCCCGUUGCAGUUGAAGAGUUACAAAGAGGUUUUGAGGAAUAAGACUGUUUAUGUCGGAGGUAUCUGAGAUUUUUGUUAGUUGUUUUCGUUGUUUCUUGCCAUAUUUUAACCAGUUUAUACUCAUUGUGUCCAUGAAAGGCAAUUUCGAGACCUGUUUUAUCGAAUCAAUUUAGUUUUAUAGAUGUUUGUUUUGAGACAGUUCGAAUGGUUGUUAUUAAGUCUAAUAAUUCUCUAAGUUCAAAUAGAUCAUUACACAAUUUUUUCUGUGAAAAUUUGAUAUAUAUAGUUCCUAAAAUUUAAUUGAUAAGGGUUAUUUAUUGUUCUGAUGUUGGUAUCCUUAAGUAUCUGUCAUUUUUGACAGUUCUAAUUUGUUUUUUGACAUAAUGAUUUUAGUUAGACUUCUCAUUAUUCCCUAUAUGAUAGAUAAUAAUAUUUAUCGAUAUAAAUGAUAAUUUUGAAGAAAAUAAAUUAAAAAAAUAGCGAGCUUCCAGCAUCUUCUAGUAGAUUAACGUAAAAACUACCCUAAACCAACUUGAGGGUGGAUAUUCAUGGAUGCCAAUAUAAGAACAAUAGAUUUGCAGCCCUUAAAGAUAAAUGGUCAAUUAGAAUCAAAACUGGUGCUGGUAUUAAGAUUGUUAUUGUUUUAAGAUGAAAUGAAUUUUAUAUGUACUUUUUAUGAAUAUAUAUUUUAUAGUACUUUCA